UUGUUUCAGGAAAUGGUACAGUUGUUGCUGUGCAGCUGGAUGUUGCUGAAUAGCAUUUCUAUGAGCUUGCUGUUCAAUCUGUCUGUUGUUCAGAAUGGCAAAGAACCCUAACUUUCAGGAAGUUGGUCAUCUGCCUACAGGCUACGUCCACUGUAGAUCUUCAGACAGCUUUAUUGGCUACCAAUAUCACCAUCCCUCCAAGAUGAGUAACAGCCAUCCGCUUCGUCCUUACACAGCUGUGGGUGAGAUUGACCACGUUCACAUUCUGUCAGAGCAUAUUGGUGCUCUAAUGAAUGGGGAAGAAUAUAGUGAUGUUACCUUUAUUGUAGAAAAGAAACGUUUUCCGGCACACAGAGUGAUCCUGGCUGCUAGGUGCCAUUAUUUCAGAGCAUUAUUGUAUGGCGGAAUGAGAGAAUCUCAGCCUGAAGCAGAAAUUCCUCUUCAGGACACCACUGCAGAAGCAUUUACCAUGCUGUUGAAAUAUAUUUACACUGGUCGUGCUACACUACGAGAUGAGAAAGAGGAGGUUCUCCUAGACUUCCUAAGCCUAGCACAUAAAUAUGGGUUCCCAGAACUGGAAGAUUCCACGUCUGAGUAUCUUUGCACAAUACUUAAUAUUCAGAAUGUCUGUAUGACAUUUGAUGUUGCCAGUCUUUAUUCCCUUCCCAAAUUAACUUGUAUGUGCUGUAUGUUCAUGGAUAGAAAUGCUCAAGAGGUGCUCUCCAGCGAAGGCUUCCUAUCGCUUUCUAAGGAUGCUCUUCUAAGUAUUGUACUGAGGGACUCAUUUGCAGCUCCUGAGAAGGACAUUUUCCAAGCUUUGAUGAAUUGGUGUAAACAUAACCCCAAGGAAAACCAUGCUGAAAUCAUGCAAGCAGUACGUUUGCCACUAAUGAGUCUAACAGAACUACUAAAUGUUGUAAGACCUUCUGGAUUGUUGUCACCUGAUGCCAUCCUAGAUGCCAUUAAGAUUCGUUCUGAGAGUCGGGACAUGGACCUCAACUACAGGGGCAUGUUAAUACCAGGGGAAAAUAUUGCAACAAUGAAGUAUGGAGCGCAGGUUGUAAAAGGGGAGCUGAAGUCUGCUUUAUUAGAUGGGGAUACUCAGAACUAUGACUUGGAUCAUGGCUUCUCUCGGCACCCGAUCGAUGAUGACUGCCGUUCUGGAAUUGAAAUUAAACUAGGCCAGCCAUCAAUAAUCAACCACGUACGAAUACUCCUGUGGGACAGAGAUAGCCGGUCUUAUUCCUACUACAUUGAGGUGUCCAUGGAUGAGUUAGACUGGAUUCGGGUUAUUGAUCACUCUAAAUACCUCUGUCGGUCCUGGCAGAACCUGUAUUUUCCUGCCCGUGUCUGCAGGUAUAUUCGGAUUGUUGGGACCCACAACACAGUGAACAAAGUUUUCCAUAUUGUGGCAUUUGAAUGCAUGUUCACGAACAAAACCUUUACUCUUGAGAAAGGUCUGAUAGUUCCCACUGAAAAUGUUGCAACAAUUGCAGACUGUGCCAGUGUGAUUGAGGGUGUAAGUCGCAGUCGCAAUGCCUUGUUGAAUGGAGACACAAAAAACUAUGAUUGGGAUUCUGGGUACACGUGCCAUCAGCUUGGGAGCGGAGCUAUUGUAGUACAGCUAGCACAGCCCUACAUGAUUGGAUCAAUACGGUUGCUACUUUGGGACUGUGAUGAUAGGAGCUACAGCUACUACAUUGAGGUUUCAACGAAUCAGCAGCAGUGGACUAUGGUGGCUGAUCGCACAAAGAUUUCCUGCAAAUCCUGGCAAACAAUCACUUUUGAUAAACAGCCAGCAUCUUUUAUCAGAAUAGUUGGAACUCACAACACAGCUAAUGAGGUGUUUCACUGUGUGCAUUUUGAGUGCCCAGCACAAAACAGUACCCACAAGGAUGAUAGUAGUAAGGAAGUGGCAACAACAGAGGUGGAGACUGGUGGACAACAGCUUGUUUCUCGCCCUGUUCAAGUUGCAAGCACUAGUUCCCUGCAUUCCUCUCCUGGAUCCACCUCACGUUCACAUGCUCACCAACCGUAAAGGAGAUUGAAAGGGAGCUUUUGCAGCCCUGCUGACAUUGUAUGAAAUUAUUCAGAACCUUCUCGUGCUGGCACCUUUUCUUUCCUUUUUCUCUCUGGACAAAGGGGACCAUGUCUGAAAGCUGGAAAUGCUGAAAUGGAAAAGGCUUUUCCCAAGGACAUGAAGAGACUCCUUCACUCUCCUCAAUUUGUUCAAAUCAGGCUGGUCUCCGAGGGGGGAGAAAAUAAGUCUUCAUUCUUCAUCAAGUACCCUAUUAACACCCUACCUCUCUAAUCUAACUAAGGCAAGGAGAACAGAAGGAAAUAAAAGGCAGAGCUACAGUGGAAAUCUAAAAUGAUUCGAGCAGAAUGGAAGGCGUAUGAAAUAAGUAUUUGUUCCCUGAAGGCUUCCAUUAGCAAAGAAAAUGUUUCUGGAACACAUCAGUCCAGAAUACAUGUUAUUUUUAAAAGUUAUUCUCCAUUCAUAUUCCUUUGUAACUAGUAAUCUGUUUUCUAAAUUGUUUUGAUUCGGUAUUCCGCUUUGUCUCUUAUUUUUGGCUGUAGCAAAUGCUGUGCAGUAGAUUAAGGAAGUAUCAAACGUGUUUACCUGCUGAGAUGCAAAUUCCCUCAUUCAUCAGUGGGAUGACAAGAAAAGCCUUCAUUAUAUCAACAAACUAAUUAAUCUUGACCUUAGUUGACUUUUCAAAGUACAAAAUUGUCAUUUCUUACACUCAAAAAGGAAAUGCCUAAAUUAAGCAUCCCUCUUGAAGAAAAACAUAUUUUGCACUCCUGAAGAUGAUUAUUUAAAUUUUACCUGUGUUUCUAAGAAAACUUGCAACAGAUCAUCAAAAAUGUUUGGUUUAGAAAAGUGGAACUGCAUCUGGUCGCUGACAAGCAGUUGUUCAGAAUACAAAAAGAAGAAUUUGCAGAUACUUUUUUUUUCCAAGAAAAAAAUGUUUUACAGUGUGGAGCUAAAAAUUCAAAGGCUGUGUGUGCUAAACGUUUCUCAUAGUCUUCAUAAAAUAUGAUGCUUUUACCCUGUAUUGUAAAAGAUCUGGCUCUUACUUUGCAAUCACAGAAUUCGUUAUCCAUCUAUGUCUGUCUGGAUUACGUUGCCUGCUACUUCGCUUAUUCUAAGUGUUUCCACACUGAUGAUGAUACAGUCUCUUACUCCAGGUCUACGUGACUCCAUGUUGGUUUUUCAGUAUGGGAUAAAGUGAUUUUGUAUUAAGACAAAUGCUGAUGUAAUUGGCAAAAUUGAUUAGGAGGGUUGUUACUCCUCACAAAGUAUAUUAUAUCGGAAAUGUCAGCUAUCCAGUUUUAUGAACUUGGAAUUUCCUGUGGUGACAAAUAGCCUUGUCAGAAGAAAACAAAGCUAGUGUAGGAUAAAUACGGUUUUCCUUUGCAUAACCAUAGUGAUAAAAUGAGUUAUAUCAACAUAGCAAAUAGUGUGUUAAUUUAUCACACGACUUAAUGUGAAAGAAUUUCCUUGUUGGAUACUGCUUGUGCUAAAACCAGGAAGAAAUAUAACAAGUGCUAGCAAUGAAUCAGUAGAAACUUCGAAGGAGAAAAGCUUCCUUUUUCUUGUUUCAAAUAAAAUUGAUUAGGCUUUAUCAAUAAUAUUACAGUAUUUUUCAUUGCCAAAUUGCGGUUGAGUUCUGACAUUUGCAUACAGCCCCCUCCCUUCCCACUGCUGUCUUUUGACUUGUGAAUGUCUGUCGGGGAAGAUGCAUGCCCAUUGCAUUAUAUAUAGCUUCUAGUAUGUGCCACAGCUGCCUCAGACUGUCUAGAGUUCUGAGGCAGGAUACUGCUCGUGCCGGCCAGCACCUCGUCUGGCGUGCUGAUUACCUUAUGGCUUAACAGCCUUUGGAGCAUGAAAGUAUUGAGACCAGCUACUGGGGACACAACUGUCUUGCUUAAGUAUAGGUCCAAAAAGUUGGAUUUUUUUCUUUUUUGCCUUUGAGAAGUAAAACCAGAAAACUUUUCUAUUCUGGUUGUAAUCCAUGCUGGAACUACUGAGAUGCAUGGAGCAUGUCUUGUCUUUGGUAGAUAAGUCCUUCCAUGUCAGUGGUGGUAUUUCUUUGCAGUUUGAUCAAACAAGUUUGCUUUUCUCAAGCUGUGGAUAAGCAAAGGGCAUAACUUCCUAGCUGUUAGUCUUUAGUAGUCACCAUUGUAGAGAAUGUUUAAAAAAAAAAAAUUAAAAAGUUUGUGCCAGCUUUCUGAGUCUAGGCUCUCAGAGAAAGAACAGCAUUUUCAGUUUGUAAUCUUUGAUGUGCACGAUUAAUUUUUAUGAUACAAAUAAGUCUUGUAGACUAUAACCUAGUGCAAAUCUUUUUGAUCUUGUCCUAUGACUCACUGUUGAACAGAAAUGUCUAUUUAUUUCCCAUGAUAUUCACUCUCUGCCAAGAAUCUGAGUGAACAGAUCUGAGAGAUUCCCAAAGCAAGAACUAUCAGGUCCUAUAGACCCUCCAGUUCCCCACCCCCAAAAAUCAAUCAAAACAAAAACCAACUUUGCAUUGUCCCUUCAUACAGGUGAAUAGAAAUUUUUAGUAUUAGACUGAUUCUCAGUCACACGUGGCCUUUCUCACAGUCUUUAUUUUCUUCUGUUAGAGUUACUCUUAGAACCUGUCUCUGGGGUGAGUCCAAUGUCAUCACAGAGCUCCCAGGCUUUUUAGACAAGCCCUGCCACAACUUCACGUUUUCUAGUGGGAAUCCUUUACCUUUUUAUUCAAAGAAAUAAUGUCGAAAUGUUUAAGGGACCUGAACUCUGCUUGGUCUUCUAACACUACCCGCCAACAAACACCCCUAAUAUCUGUAUUGCUGAGUAUAGGUCUCUGUCUUAAACAUUGUGUCAGCAACGUAUUACUAGUGACAAAGGAAGAUGCCACACAGAACUGAUUUGUGGCUUGGUGUGGAUGUUCUCAUUCUUUCUAAUUAUUUUCUGUAUUUAUUGACUCCCAAUUUCAGAUGUAGUUCUCGUAUAUUCUUCUGACAUAUUUUUUUUCUUUUUUCUUUGUUUUCUUUUUUUCUUUCCUUUCAGUGGAAGUAAGUUGUGCUGUUAUGGCUUAAUGUCAGGGUUUGUCAGAGUGAUGAAAUAUUAUAAUUAUUCAGAACUGUGUUAUCACUUACAUUUUAUUUGCAACAGGGGUAGAGCAGAACUGACCAGGUAUUCAUUGCUUUCUUGUCAGAAACUAUAAAAUAGACCUGUUGUUAAGAUUUCUACAUAAUGGAACUAACUUUAUUGUCACUAUUGAGCCAUUAUUUCUGUUUAGUACUUUAGUAUCUUUAAAUUCCCCAGGCCUCAUUUUCUCAGUUUUUCUUCCAUAGGUUGAAUUCAGACUUAGGCUCAACUCAUAUGGAGCUCAACAAAGCUCUUUCUAAAGACUCUUUAUUUAAUUAACUUAUUCCAAGUGCAUUUAAAAGAUUUUUAUUCACAGAAAUACAGCCAAAUAUCAACUCCUUAAAACUGAUUUAUCCAGGAAAAUUAAUUUCUGAAGUGAGCAAAAAUUGUGCAGCUCUGUUUUCAAGCCAUUGCCAAUCAGCUCUAAGACAAGUUCAGAUGGCAUGUUAAAUGGAAUUACAAUGAGUUGUAAUUAACUUGGAAGUUAAUCCAAGUCUAAUGUAAAAGACAAUACAGAGGAGGAAUCACCAAUUUUGUUAAGAGAAGGAACUGUUCUUCAUUGCAGCUUCCUUCCUUUAGAGCUUCAUUUCUUUCUUUUUCCCCAUGAAAAUCAAUUUUUCUUGUUUGUUAUGACAACUCAUGAAAGAGCUCAGUGCUUCUCAGCAUUGCUGAAAAAUUUGAAUUAAUUUCUCCAUCUUUACUAAUGAUAACAUUAAAUUAGAGAAUUUUCAGUUUAGUGUCUGACUUGAUGAGAGUUGCUUUCCAUGAAAGAAAGCAAAAGAUGUGUAUAAUUGUUCCACUCUAAGUAAAUUAAGUUUUCCAGCCAAAUGCACGCGAGCAUCUACUCAUUAUUCAGCAAUGUUUUGUACAUCUAGCAUCCGUGAGAAAAUUAGAAGACAAAGUUAAUGCCAUUCUUGUCUGAUUGUUGUGUGUCAGUAGUUCUGGUUAUACAGCGAUGCCCACUCAGAGACACUCGGUAAGGAAUUAGAACUUAGAUGUGAUUUCACUGAAAGUAGACAUGCUAUACAUUGCAUUUCUCUAUGAAAGUAUUAAUUGGCUUAUAUUUUGACAGGUGUUAAUAUACUGUCAAAUGGACAAGUGAACACAUUGGUAAUUUUGCUGUUGUGGCUGGAGUAGUCAGCAAA